AUGUUGAGUCAAUGGCAAGGAGCGUCCUCGGCUUCCGAGUCAGCUGGCGUCGAAAAAGAAGUUUCAACCGGAUCGCCUUCGCUACUCAGUGGAUUCGCAUCCACGCAGCUGAGCAAGGCAGGAAUUCUGCGCCGGCUCUUACCACUCAAUGCGCUGAGGACUGCUGGCCACAAUAUGCUUGCUUUGAAUACUAGCGCAUCACCGAGCGCGGCGGGAGGGGCUUGUAAGAAUGAUAGCAUCACAUCGGACUCCCCAUCUUUGUCACAAGCUGUCAAGGGAACGAUUCCCGGUCGUAUUUUUAAUCUAAAUCUGGUGAAUAAGCCAGCAGUCGUUGAGAAGGAACAAGAAGAACAACAAUCACCUGCAUCUACUCUUGUUCCUGGAUCAUCGCGCACUGCUGAGCCGUCGCGCGUUGACGUGCCGACUCGACUCUUAACACCUCGCGGACAAGUCACACUAUCCGUUCCGAAGGUAAGGCUCAGUACUGAUGUCCUAGACAUAAUGUCUCCUGCGUCAAAAAUCUCGAGCCGCCUUCAGUCGCCCCCAGGUGGGUCAGGCGGCAAGACGUUUUUGGGAGGAAGCUUAGCGUUGGCUCCUCUUUUAGCAGGUCAAAACACGAGUCGGGAGGUAGACUUGGUCUUUCAGCGAAGUACAGACAAAGGUUGUACAGCCAGUAAGGACGUUGGAGGAAGUCAUGCUGCUGCUCACGCAACAUCAACAAGUCUCGGCAGUCCGAGUCUCGCAAGCUCCAUUUUUUCAAGCUCUAUGCCGCAACAGUUUCGCAUGUCAUCGUCUGCCGCACAAGACGCAAUUACAUCAACUAGUUCUUCAGGAAUGCCUGGAUGGCGGACGAAUAGCCCUCUACGACGUAGUUCUGUUUCAGGGUGUUCAAGCAAGAUGUCGACGCAGUCUACCGCGGUGCCGGGAAAACUGGUAGUGCAUCCUUCGUCUAUGCAGCUUCCUGGUGCUGCUGUGACGCAUGUCAUAGUGGAAAAUAUAGGCUCGUCUCCUGGAGGACGCACAUCGGCUGGUGGCAAAAAGCUCGACAACGUUUCGAACAAUGCCGCAGGAUCUCUGAAGCAGAUCUCUGAAGAAUCUCCAUCGACUUUAGGAGCGCACUUGGGUGUCGAUAGCGCAUCCAAACCUAGCGAGCAAAGUGGAAACGCACUUUUAGUUGUGGAAGAUGUCACGCCUUCGACAACAACGAGUGUGUCUUCGGCAUCUUGGGCUCACCGCGAAUCCACCACGUUCCGAGCUUAUCAGCCGCCGCAGGACAACGCCAUGCUUUUUUUCGGUAGCCCCAAGGCCUCCGCAGCCACGUCCAAAGCUACUAGUUUUGUGGAGGUGAUGCGUCCACAUCCUUCUAGUUGCAAUCUCUCUGUGAAGAUGCAGCACGGAAGUGAUGUACCAGUUCACGAUGCCUCUGGCGCGUUGAUUCAAUCAUCAAGUAUUCCGGUAUUAGCUCAUACGACCUCAUCCUUCGUAGUCGAUAUUGACCCGCGUCCGAAGGAUGACGCGGAGUACUGGAGAAAUUCGAUAGCGGAAUUUAAUGAAGUGUUGAGACGGCGGGAGGAGCGUUCAAAGACCAUAGAGAGUGCCGUAUCGACACGACAGCACUCGAAACACGAUGAAAACGAGAGACACAAUUAUGUUUUCAUAGCGAGCGCGAGUUCCGAU